AAAACCCCGAAUUCCUGCUGAUCUCUGUGCGCGUUUACUUUCGUGUUAAGUAAUGACGUCUGAGUUUUAAGAUUGCGUUUGUUAGCAAGUAAACUAUAUGCAUGGUUCUGAAGAAUUUCGGAUACGUCAAUUAUAAGCGAGCCAUCUUCGUACAGUGGGUAUGAGCGAGGCGGGCUCCAGGAGGCUGUGGUGGUUCCCUUGGUAACAGUCACCACGGCGGAGGACAUCAGGCCGUCCGUGUGCAGGGUGGUGAUCUACCUGCGGCGGGACGCGGGCAUGUCGGGGGAGAGCUGCCUGCGCCCGCCGAGCCCGCCCGCCGGCCACGCCCACCCCGGCGCCAAGGCCGGCGGCCCCCGCGGCGCAGAGGGGGCGGGGCCGGGGCUGGGGCUGGGGGCGGGGCUCGGCGGCAAGUACGUGCGGCUGAACGUGGGCGGGACGCUGUACUACACCACGGUGCAGGUGCUGAGGGGACAGGACACCAUGCUCCGCGCCAUGUUCAGCGGCAGGAUGGAGGUCUUCACCGACAAGGAGGGCUGGGUGCUGAUCGACCGCUGUGGGAAGCACUUCGGCUCCAUCCUGUCCUACCUGCGGGACUCCACAGUCACGCUGCCCAAAACCCGGCAGGGCAUCCGGGAGCUGCUGGCCGAGGCCAAGUACUACCUGAUCCAGGGCCUGGUGGCCACCUGUCAGAGCGCCCUACAGGACAGCAAGGAGCAGGCACUGUGCAUGAUUCCAGUUAUCACCUCUGCAAAGGAAGAGGAAAGACUCAUCCAGACCUGUACCAAGCCAGUGGUUAAGCUGCUGUACAAUAGAAGCAACAACAAAUACUCCUACACCAGCAACUCGGACGACCACCUGCUGAAGAACAUGGAGCUGUUCGACAAGCUGUCCCUGAGCUACAGCGGCCGCGUGCUCUUCAUCCGCGACGUGAUCGGGGACGAGAUCUGCUGCUGGUCCUUCUACGGGCAGGGCCGCAAGCUGGCCGAGGUCUGCUGCACCUCCAUCGUCUACGCCACCGAGAAGAAGCAGACCAAGGUGGAAUUUCCGGAGGCGCGUAUCUACGAGGAGACGCUGAACGCGCUGCUGUACGAGACCCUGCCCGUGCCGGAUAACUCCCUCCUGGAGGCCACGCGGCGGCGCCACUGCGGCUCCCACAGCGAGGAGGAGGAGGGCGGGGACCGGGACCGGGACCGAGACCGGGACCGGGACAGAGACCGCGUGCGCCGUAUACACGUCAAGAGGUACAGCACCUACGACGACCGGCCCCUGGGACACUGACUGGGAGCUCCGCCCCCCCACCCCCCACCCCCCUGUGCGCUCCCACAACCAGCGCUACCGACUCAUCGUUUUUCUUUUUUCUUUCUCUUUUUUUCUUCUCUGUUAAAUUUCACCGAAACUAAAGGCGUCAAGGCGAUCGCACCGACAAACGAGCCAACGUGCGUUUUUUGGGUUCGUCGGACAAGCGUGCUCAGUUCAUUCCAGGGUACACAAAUAAAGGAAGCGACCGGAAAUGUGCUAUUUGCCCUCUGGAUAACCCCUCCCCCCCACCCCACCCACCCACCCACCCACCAAUACCAGGGCCCUGAGUCACGAAGCAGGAUAUCACCGCGUAAAGCCCAGAGCGCUCCCAAAUCUGGAAUGCGGACCAAGGUUAAAAAAGCCGCUCCGGGUUUUACUCUUCGCUCGCUGCAGUCACGCAGCCGGCCCCAGCGAUCCUGCUUCGUGACGGAGGCACUCCAGUUUUGGACGGCAGUCAGACAAAAACUUUCGUUACUUAACAGUUGGCGGCUCUGCCUGUACCGCUUUUUGUUGUGUGUGCGUUGGCAGCGGCGUGCCCGCUCGGGCUGUGCCAGCGUGUCGCCACGCGUGGGGCGGGUAUAAUCGGCGGGUUGCCACGAUUCAUGUCCCUGCCCUACCAGGAGUGAUUUCAUGUAACGAAAUUUUUUUUUUUUUUUUUAAACCUAAAAAACAACACAGAAACGUGAUGUCUGAGUCGUUGUUGGUCACUUUUAAUGCUGUUGUUAGCUGUACGUCCUUUUUCUUCGAAAAUGAAAUGAUCAGACUGUUUUUUAUAGCACUUUUGUAAAGCUGAACAUAAGGAGCUCUGAGAUUUGAACAUUGUCCGUGUUUUCUGUGGUUCAGCGGUGUGUAUAUGGCCACGCCCCUUCGUUUCCCGCAUUUCUUCAUUUUACUUAUUUAAAGAACACUAACGUUACUGUUGCUUUUACUCAUAACAAAUAUCGCUUUUUUAUCAAGGUUGCUUUCUCUACGGUUUUCUUGUGUGCGGGGCUUAAAGCAUCAGUGAGUCGGAUUGUCCUGGAAAUCAUGCUCCUUUGAUUUUUUUUUACACAAGGUCUGUGGCCUAAGACAGACCUUCGUCAGUCACCAGUCACCUACUUCAUUUAAGUUCUAGCUUCCGUAAUUAAUUGCAUGAACCAAUCAUGAGUCCUAUACUCCUGUCCAAUCGGUAACCACUAUCGCAAGGGAACUGUCAAUCAGUCGCAGUUACCCCGCAGGAAGGAGGAGUUUUGCAUACCGUGAGGAGAUUGGCUGUCGCCGCGCCACAAGAUUUUGUGUGAUGUAAUGAGGCGGUGAGGGCGAUGGGGGAGCGGGAAAGGGUUUCGCCUAUUGACGCACGUUCCCGAAGUAUCCUUGAGCACUUUUCUGUGUGGCCCUGACGGCGAGUAAAGAAUCUGACCAAGAAGACGUACGCGAGACAUUGAAGAAAAUGCGUCGGUCUUGUACACCAUUGGUUUUGACAAUGAAUGUUGAUGCUGUGUGUUUGUGAAUGGUAUAUACCUUUAAGGUUUCAUUUUAUUUUUAUAAAACAAUAUUAAACCUCAUUAAAAAAAAUCACAAUUUUAUUUCAUUCUAAAAUGCUAUGAAGUGCCGCGCGCCUGUAAUAUGAAAUAUUUAUAUCUGUUUUGUAUCUGUGUGCCUUUUCCUGCUCUUUUAAAUAUUAAAGAGUCUAUAAAAUAA